UCUAUCUGUGCGGGAGAAAAGGUUUUGAAAAUCCGAUGUAAUCUUCAAAAACAUACGAUAAAAUUACGAUUUUCAACGAAAAUUGUUGAAAAAAGUGAUACGAAGCCUCUUAAAACAGUACUAAGCAGUGAUAAAAGAUGGGUAAUACAGAUACAAAGCUUAAUUUCCGCAAGGCAAUUGUGCAGCUCACCAGCAAAAGCCAGCCAAUCGAUGCAAGUGAUGACGUAUUUUGGGAGCAAUUUUGGAUCGAACACAGCACUCCUGUGCAGGACGUUUUUGCAUUGAUUCCCUCGAAUGAGAUACGCAAAGUAAGAGAUGUAAUGCCUACAAAUUUAGCAACUUUAUGCUACAAAGCAACCGAAAGGCUAGUUCGGGCUGUAGACAACAGCUGUCGGACUCAAGGAGAACAACAAACCGUUAUAAACUGCGUACGCCUAUUAAAUCGCAUAUUGCCGUACAUCUUCGAAGAUGCAGAAUGGAAAGAUUUUUUCUGGUCGUCGCUCCCUUCAGGAAGUGAUAAAGAUGAUAAUGCGACUCCAUUGGCUCAAAGUCUACUGAAUGCCAUCUGUGACUUGUUGUUCUGUCCGGAUUUCACUGUUGUCGGAUUACGAAAGUCUGGACCUGAAAAGGCGGAAGAACUGAACUCGAUCGAUAGUUGUGAAUACAUCUGGGAAGCUGGAGUCGGAUUUGCACAGUCUCCUCCACGCAAUGGAAAUAUGGACUCACGGCGAACUGAGCUUCUUAAGCUUUUGUUGACAUGCUUCAGUGAGACUAUGUACCGUGUUCCGACGAUGAGCGACGAACCCAAUAAAUGGAUUGUACACUUUACGAGCGCUGAAAAUCGCCAUGCGUUGCCAUUAUUCACGUCACUACUAAACACUGUGUGUGCAUAUGAUCCAGUAGGAAUAGGCGUUCCUUACAAUCAUUUGCUUUUCACCGAUACCCUGGAGCCGAUGGUUGAAGUUUGCUUGCAGAUUCUGAUUGUAACGCUAGACCAUGAUAUAACCAGCAAUUCACCAACACAAUCCGCGUCGUAUUCGCAUGAUGAUACAACUAUUGCGGACAACCUUUUCAUCAACUAUUUGUCACGUAUUCACCGGGAUGAUGAUUUCCAGUUUAUUUUGAAAGGCGUAACCCGUUUACUGAACAACCCCCUGGUGCAAAGCUAUCUACCAAACUCGACAAAGAGGCUACACUGUCACCAAGAGCUAUUGGUGUUCUUCUGGAAAAUUUGUGAUUAUAAUAAGAAAUUCUUAUAUUUCGUACUUAAAAGCAGUGAUGUUUUGGAUAUUCUGGUACCCAUCUUGUACCAUCUGAAUGACUCCCGAGCUGACCAAUCCCGAGUCGGUCUUAUGCACAUUGGAGUAUUCAUACUGUUGCUACUGUCCGGUGAACGAAACUUUGGAGUUCGGCUCAACAAACCGUACACCGCCACGGUCCCGAUGGAUAUUCCUGUAUUCACAGGAACUCAUGCUGACCUUCUGAUAACGGUUUUUCACAAAAUCAUUGCAACCGGACAUCAGCGACUGCAACCUUUGUUUGAUUGUCUACUUACGAUUCUGGUAAACGUUUCACCAUACUUGAAAACACUCUCGAUGGUUGCCAGCAUAAAACUGCUUCAUUUACUAGAAGCCUUCAGUACGCCAUGGUUCCUAUACUCCGCACCCUCUAAUCAUCACCUGGUGUUUUUCUUAUUGGAAAUAUUCAACAACAUAAUCCAGUAUCAAUUCGAUGGAAACUCCAAUUUGGUUUACACCAUCAUACGUAAGCGGCAGGUAUUCCACGCCUUGGCAAACUUGCCAACGGAUGCUGCUGGAAUAGCCCGAUGCAUGAGCAACAGAAAAGGUGGAAAAUUGAACAACUCUAGUCAUGGAGGAACUCGAGAUGGAGUUCGAAACGAACAGAACAAUGAAGUGCUACCGUCUACAGCUAAUGUAGGUAAUGAAAGUGAGGAAGAUAUCACGGUCAGAACUGGUCAAUUAACGCUUGAUGAUAGACAACCAUCGGAUGAGGAAGAUAGCCGCAGUGAGAUCGUAGAAGAGUCGAUGGAGGGUUCUCGUCCUGCUCUACCUGCGGAGCCAGGAACUUUGAAAGUUACGCUUCUAGAUACCCCUGACAUCACUCAAAUGACUGAACGGGAAUCUGCUCAUCCAUCUGGUGAGGCAACUACUCCAUCACCGAUUGAACCUAAUGCGAAAACUCCGGUUGGUGAAGCCGAUCGAGCCUCAAUAGGAUCACCAAGCAAGGAGCAACCGUCCCCAAUCAAAAGAUCUGUUGCUCAGCGUGGUAGUAUUCGUGUCACACCGGGAGCUGGUCACGGAUCACAGGCGAAAAUAUGGCAACCGACACCGGAAUGGGUCCAGUCAUGGCGCUCCAAACUGCCACUUCAAACCAUUAUGAGAUUGCUACAGGUGCUUGUGCCACAGGUGGAGAAAAUAUGCAUCGAUAAAGGAUUGACUGAUGAGUCGGAGAUUCUAAAAUUCCUCCAACACGGUACACUGGUAGGAUUGCUACCAGUACCGCAUCCCAUAUUGAUACGAAAAUACCAGGCAAACAGUGGAACUACCGCUUGGUUCCGAACCUAUAUGUGGGGUGUCAUUUACCUUAGAAACGUGGAUCCUGCAAUUUGGUACGACACUGAAGUAAAAUUAUUUGAAAUUCAACGCGUUUAAUAUGUCAAAUAUACACAAUCAAAAAACAUGGAUAACAUUUCUACGACCAUAUAGCUUUGUACACGGAUGUCAGAUGCAUGUUAUAACCAACCUAACUAACCCAGAUCAAUAUUUAAGCACAUUCCUUCGAAGAUUUAUAAACAAAACUUAUAACGCCUCCUAUUAUUGAUCUAUCUACCCUUCUCUCGACUCUUACAUCAACAUUCCUUUUCCGUUUCCAACAGUUAUCACAGCCAUAACCGCCUUUGAAAAUAUUAAUAGACACUGACAAACUGCUAGAUUCUUUUAUUUAACAUACUAUUUUAGUGCAGUGCAAUUCAUAUGUAUGUUUGCAUUACAAAACAACAAACAUAGCCUUUUGAAGCAAAACAAACACAUAUGUAUCACCUUCGUAAUUGUGCUUGAAUAACGUCAAAUAAAAAAAAAUGUAAUG